AUGUUCACACCUGCGACGAAGAAAUCCCAUUUUCCGCAUCGGAGGGGCACGAGUCAGGGGCGGGAGGCGCCGGAUUCUCCAACGACGCCCAUUGCUGAGAGCCGCCCGUCUGUGGGUUUAGUCGCGUCCCGUCCGGCAACUGGUACGCCGGCGCCGUGGGGAUCUCGCCUUUCCGUUCUGGCCAGGUAGUCCACAAGUUUAGCGUUCGCUGCGUAGCUGGGUUUGGUGUUCCCGCCGUGUUCCUAGUCUCUCCGUUUGUUUGUUUAUGGAUGGUACUGGUGUGUCCUCAUUAGUUUGGCGGUUUUAUAAACUUUUAAGGAGUGUGAUUCGAUGGAGGUUGUGCCCUUCUGUUUUCUGUUAGAUGCAUCAUUAUUUUUCUUGAGAAAUCAUUAAUUCUAAAGGGGCCGUUGGAGGAGAGCUCUCAGAUUCUUGUUUUCCUGAUCUCAUAAAGGUAUAAAUGUCAAGUUUAAUGAAGUAUGGUGGGGGCUACUUUUCUCAUCCGUGAAAAUACCAUGAAAAAUAUUGUCAGGACAGUCAUUUUCUGAACGCAGUCAAUGCAUCCUGGAAUCAUCGGUUCGCUUCCUAGAUUGGGCAUCAUGUUGAGCUCUAAAUGCUGAUUUGUAGAAACUGGCAGCCGGUCAGCACUACACCAAAUAAUUGUUGUGGUUUUUGCAUCAUCUGGUGCGAUGCAGGGUGAAUGAAUGAUGGGAAUUACAUUUGAUGGUAGCGGGGAUGUUCUCAGUUAAUUUGUGGGGAAAAUGGUAAGGGAGGAAUUGUCAGAGUCGGGAGAGCGUCAAAGUUGGGAAGUAGGAUUAAAAUACCUUUAGAUUAAUAAUCUUCAGAAACUGAUCAAGAGCAACUAGAAAAGAAUAAUGAUAUUUAUGGUAUGUGACAUGAAGAGGAUCAGAGCGGUCGCAGAAGACAUCGGACGUCAUGAGCCAGUUGUUGUUUGUUUAUGUCAUGGCAAAUAAAAGUCAAUCUCACAGCAGAUGGCUAGAUCAAGAUACCGGGAUGCAACAAACUCAGAGUUUUGUGUAUGAAAUCGGCUGAUAGUCAUACAACACAUCAUGAUAUCAUGGAAUGCUAAUUCCCUGGGUGAAUGUUGCAACAAGCGCAUGUGCACCAUAUCAGUUAUAUUCGCAUAUUCCAGCAUGAUUUUUUAUGGUUUUUACUGUAGUUCAAGGACUAUGGAUGGAAAAAGCAAGCUUUCCUCCAAGGGCUGGUGAGAGUAAACUAAUUUUUUCUAACACUUGUUGCCUUGGGGACCAGUUGAAACUAUUUUGGAUACCCAUGGGAAAGGACCCGAUAGAAAUGACUGCUUUUUGUAAUUGAUUUGGAGUGAGCAGCUCGAUUGAAGUUGAUGCCUCUAACAGAAAAUUUCACCUGGUUCAAGCAGUAAAGGAAUGGCUCCUACAAAUCAUUUAGCUGAUUGUAGUUGUGACUGUUCAACUUUGUUUGUGUCAUACAUAUGUCUUGCCCAUAUAAUAUUGUCUUUGUGUGUUCUACGUGACUUGUAUGCUGUGUUAGAUGGGGAGAAAAAUUGCAAUCAAAAGGCAGUGAUUUCUAAUCAUCUUCCCAGUGCCGUGAAAAAUUGAUUCUCUUAUAGAUAUUUAUCUAUGUAAUAAAUUGGAAUUUCAUAUUUAUCAUUUUUCCUUUGUAACUGUCUCUUUUAGAUGAUUUGAACCGCACAACUAUUUUGAAGCUGCUUAAUGGCCGUGAUGUCAUCUUGUUACUAAAAAAAUGGAAUCCUUUGCAUAAUAUAUUGUUCUGUUUAGUUUGCACUAUAUAAUUUUGUAGAUUAUCGUUUGGAAUGAAACAAGUUUUUUUUUUCCUUGUGCAAGGAUUCCAUCACCAACAAGAAUAUACAAGGGAGCUGGUGCUGAUCAGACUCAGCCUGUAUUUGUUGCAGAUUUUCCUCGAGUGGUUCGCAGUGCACAAGCCCUACAGAAAAAUACGGCUGGUUGGUACAAAUAAUUUCUGGUUGCGUUUCGUGAUCGUUUCUGAAACUAAUUAAAGUUAUUGCAUUGUGCAGAAUUCCGUGGUGGCAUUGACGAGGGCUUAUCGCUCUCAUGGAUAGUAUGUGGAAAUCAACUUUUUAUCUGGAGCUUCUUAUUAGCACCCAGUUCAAAGAAAUGUGUUGUCCUUGAUAUCCCAUCUUUAGCUUUAGCUGACUGUGAAAAUGAUACAAAUUUGAACAAAGGUCACUGGCUGAUAUGUUUCGUUGAUUGGAGUAAGGCAUGUGAAGGAACAGAAAAGGUGUUAGGUCGGUCCUUAUCCGCUGGUGUUGUGGCCUGUCACCAAGAAACGGGAGUUGUGAUAUAUUGGCCUGAUAUAUUUUCUGAAAGUGAGAACCAGCCAGUGGUUAGUCUACCAAGUCACGUGAAACGUGAUGGUGCUACUCCGCUUUAUCAAGAAGUCAUUGAAACUGAGAGAAAUAAAGAACCAAAUCAGAUUGGAGAUGAUUUUCGAUCAGAGGGAAAAUGCUUUAACUGUUUGCUAGCUUCCCUGAUUCCCAGUGACGCACAUGAAUGCAUUGGGCUUGGUUUGAGCUCUAGUGGAGAGCUGUGGCGUUUCUUUUGCAGUUCAACAAAGAUUUAUAGAGAGAGAGUUUCUAGGGUGAGCUCAGCUCUUCAGAAUAAUGAAACUGAUCAACCUCCAAACUUAGUAUAUGCAAGGUCCCUUGUGUGGCGUUUCCAGCAUGAAACUUCAGGGAAGUCUGACAGACAGUUCUUUCUGUUAACUGAUCAUGAAAUUCAAUGCUGGAACGUUUUGCUUGCAGGCAGUGGUUAUGUCACUAAACUCUGGUCUCAUGAAAUUGCUGGUACUGAUGGAGAUGUGGGUAUUAAGAAAGAUUUGUGUAGGCAAGAUCGUAUAUGGCUUUUGGAUAUGCAGGUUGAUAACAGUGGGAGCAAAUUUAAAGUGCUCGUUGCCACACUAUCCAAGGACCAGGUGAGCAGUUCAAGUUACAUACAGUAUUCACUUUUGACAUUGCAAUAUACGUCUGGGUCUGAUCCUUCAUCAGAAGACUAUAGUUUGACAAAUGAUAGAAUUCUGGAGAAAAAGGGUCCCCUUCAUGUGUUGAUUCCCAAGGGACGUGUAGAAGAUGAAAAGUUUUUGCUUUCAAUGAGACUCCGUAUUGGAGGAAAACCACCUGGAUCGGCUGUUAUACUUUCUGGAAAGGGAACUGCAACUGUGACAAGUCAUUGGAGAGGUACCGCACAACUCCAUCAAUUUGAAUUGCCUUGGGACGCUGGAAAAGUUCUAGAUGCUUCUGUCAUAACUUCUCUAGAGAAUGUUGAAGAAGGCACUUGGGUUGUUUUGACUGCGAAGGCCGGAAUAUGGGCGAUUCCUGAGAAAGCGGUUUUACAUGGAAUUUUUUCUCAAAAAGGGAGCCCCAAUAAGGAAGAUACAGAAGAAGAAGAAAGAACAGCGUUAGAUGGGGAUAUUGGAGACAGGCAAAGGGCAUUGGUCUCGACCAUUACACAACAUACUGCUCAAGAUGAGGAAGCUGAAGGCUUACUAGGCAGCCUCUUUCAUAAUUUCCUUUUGACUGGGAAAGUCGAAGGUGCUUUUGAGAAGCUUAAAAAGAAUAGGGCAUUUGAAAAAGAAGGUGCAAUGAAUGUUUUUGCGCGCAUGAGCAGAUCUAUUGUUGACACAUUGGCUAAACAUUGGACAACAACUAGAGGAGCCGAUUUUUUGUCUUCUGCGGUUGUUUCUUCCCAGCUCUUAGACAAACAGCAGAAACAUAAACGGUUUCUGCAAUUUCUUGCUUUAUCCAAGUGCCAUGAGGAGCUUUCUUCUAGACAACGUAUGGACUGGGUUCUCUGUUCAAAUUUUUAUGUUUUACUACCUUAGAGCCGAUAUAUUCCGUGCAUAUUUUUUCAUCCUUCAUUUUCCAAUAAAUGAUGUCAUUCUAAGGAUCUUUAAAUUGAUGAUUCCCGUAUGAUGUCUUUUCAUCUAAAUGUAGGAUUUCUUUCACCGUACAUAUUGUUGGUCAUUACCCAACAGCGGCUAUGUCAAGUCGUUCUAACAACUGUUCUCUGAUGGGUUUCACAAAUCAUCCAUUUAUUUUACUUGUGCUCAUGCCAUUUUUGGGCAGAUGAAUCACUAUGGAUUGAUUCCUUGUCGUAGGGGAGAUUGUAGGGUGAGGUUUUUGGCUUUUCAAUUGAUGAGGGAUAUCAUAUUGCUCAUCUGUAACUUUGUUGGAUGCGAAAUUUUAGGAGCUUCCUGUUUGUGUCGAUGUCAGUUUCAGGCUGAUGAAUUACUUUGGAUUGAUUACCUGUCGUGGGGCAAAUUGGAGGCUGUGUCCGAGAAGGUCUUUAGCUUUUCUGUUGACAAGGGGAAUUUUAAGAUGUGUAUAGGAGCUCCCAACAUCAGCCGUUCCAUAUGGUUGACACGUGUGUUGACAAAGGCUCUUGCUAGAGGAUCCUUGUGCUGGACAAGCUGUGGGAAGGAGAUCUGUGCUGACCUUAGUUGACCACAGAUGACCAGUGUGGCGUAAUGUUAACUUCGACAUCGCUUAAUCAGCAUUGACAUGGGUUUGGUAUAUGAAUGAUGGUGGUCUUGAAGCCUCAAUCCGUAUUGAUGUUGUUGGAAGAGGGCUUGGCAUGGCGAGCCAUUGUUUUGUGGUGGGAUCCACUUCUGGGUACCUUGACAACAAUGCUUGGUAAGCUUGGAUUGACUAGCUCUGGUCAGCACUUGACCUUCUUGUUGGCUGACCACAAAGCAUAUCAGCAAUCAUGUUAUGGGCUCCAUGCCGAUGACUAGAGGUCUUAGGUGUCCUAUUGGCUUAGAGACAGAUGACUGGGAUAGUACUGGACGAAAUUGAAAGUUCAAGGAACUUGGUGGUUGGAGCAGAAAUGCCUUUCCCGAACAUGGAUCGCAAUGUCUGGUUCAAGUAGCACAUCCUUUGGAUGGCAACGUAGACUGACUAACACAGCUAUGGGUGAAGAGUCCUGCUAUGUGCAGCAUGAUGGUGUUACAGCUUUAGUUGACAAAAGUGCGUUAUAAUUUUCAUUGAUUUGCUGCUUUUAUUGGACUCCAGCUGAUUGUGUUCAUACAAUACUGGAUCAUGCUCAUUAUAAAUGAAAUGAUAGGAUGAAUUAUUAUCAUUAAAGUGACCGAUCUAGUUAAACGUUGAAGUCACUAGGUGGGCAUCGUGAAAAAUGAUAGAAGCCAAGUACAGAAAUAGAACGCUGACAAAAUAAAGGACAUUUAUGUCAACGAUUUUCCAUAUUUCAAUUGUAUAAAGUUAAGUUUGCCCUCAUCUUAUAUCUUUGACGCAUUAAAGUGUAAUAUCAAGGAACCAUGGAAUGAAUGUGUCACAUCUUGAAACAUGAAAGCUAAUUUAUGCUGAAAUAUCCUUUGUGCAUUUUAUUAUUCUUUUGUAUCUGAGUUUUACACGGGAGGUUCUCUGCAAAAUAUGGUUCAAAACAGCCGAUUUGGUUGUUUCAUUGCUCUGGUGAGUAAAAAAAAAUAAGUAUUCUAUAUUUUAUAUUUGCCAGUAUUUGAGAAUAUUGCAUAUUGAUGGCGUCUCAUUCUUGUAGAGUGUAAACACUCGCAUGACGUAGUAAUGUUUAUCUUGUACAAGGUUUUAUUGUUAUCUCAUAAAUCACUAGUUAAAAACUGACAGGGCAUUCUUUACAAACUAUUCUGGAACAUGGGGAAAAGCUUUGUGCUAUGAUUCAACUGAGAGAAUUGCAGAGCCAGGUUACUAAGAAGCGGUCCGGUGGAAACGACUCGCCAUCAUCUCUCUCUAUGACUGAGGCCACAAGCUCUCUUUGGGAUCUCAUUCAACUAGUUGGUGAGAAAGCUCGAAGAAAUACUGUUCUUCUUAUGGACCGAGAUAAUGCUGAAGUUUUCUAUAGCCGAGUUUCUGAUCUUGAGGAGUUAUUCUACUGUUUAUCACAUAAUCUGCACUAUAUAAUUGACAGAGAGCACUCUAUGAUUCAGAUUCAGAGAACAUGUGAAAUCUCAAAUGCUUGCACCAGUUUAAUUGUUUCUGCCAUCCAAUAUAGAAAUGAGCAUCGAACUUGGUACCCUUCUCCUGAGGGAUUAGCUCAUUGGAAUUGUGGACCAGUGGUUAGAUCAGGAUUGUGGAACAUAGCUUCUCUGAUUAUUAAGUUGUUGAAGGAAGCACCUGUAAUUGAUAAAUCUGUCAAGUUUGACCUGUCGUCUCACUUAGAAGGAUUGUCAGAUGUUUUAUUGGAAGCAUACAAUGCUUCAGUCACUGUAAAAAUGGAACGGGGUGAAGAAUACAAAGUUCUUCUAGAAGAGUACUGCAAAAGAAGAGAUGAAAUUCUCUGUACCCUUUACCAGCAGCUGAAAGAUUUUGUUGAUACAAAAUAUCAGGUAAUAUUUAGUUAUUUUAGUUCUCUGAUAUGUUAAAAUGAUUUUUCCUAGUUGAAGUGCAUUCACCCCACGAAUUGAUGUUUUUGUCUAUAUCCUUUUAUUCUGUUCGUGCUCAGUAUUGGUGGUUCAGAUCCUUAUAAAUGAUGCGUGAAGCUUGUGUUAAUAUGCAUAUCACUACUAUGCUAUGUCACAUUCUCUAUGCUGAUUUUUUCAGAGACCCAUGGUAACAAAGAACAGUAACCAAAUUUGCAUAAAAAGUUAAAAGAUGACGAGACCGAAAGGGGAAACUUUUUUAACUAAAAGCUAGAAAUUUGCAUGGUGUGACGUAAUCUGAAGAGAAGGAGAAGAUGGAUACUGGGAAUUAGGGAAAGGAAUAAAUGAUAUUGGGUAAUGGAAGGGAAGUGUUUCAAUAUUGUUUUGCUGUGAACUAUUUGAUCUUCUAGUAUUAAAAGAUAUUGAACUUCAGUUUUUACAAAACUGUAUUUUCUACAAUGAUAUUACCUUCCAGCUUAAAAAUUCAUUGGGCCAUUGAUAUGAGACAACCAAUCGGAUAGUUAGAUGCAUGUAUCAUUUGAUUAAUCUUUCCUCUUCCAUUUUCUGUCUGGGUAAAAGAGUGGACUAGGCUAUUUUUUAAUGAGGAAGCAGGUAAUACGUCUACUUUUAGAGCAUUAACAUAAUUUGUAUUUAACUUUCUAGCAUCCUAUGCCUUUUUAUGAGGAAUUUUCGUUUACAGCUGGCUAUGCACUGUUGCUCAUCCCUGUAUCUCUUUUUAUACUCGCUGGAUUUGUCAUACUAUCCGCUUUCCAAACAAAUCUUCCAACACAAUAAGAAAUAUGGACUUAUUUCUUUUUCGUAAAUUUGCAAGCCUUGCUUGCACAUAUUAGAGGCUUAGUUGCUACGCUUAGACUCGAAGAAGAUUUUUGGAAAGACCGUAGAGUUGACAGUUAAUGACACUUACCUCCCAAACAAGCUGCUGAGAGAUGUUAGUAUGGCACACGAAAAUGUUGAAAUAUCAAGCAUUGUGGUGCUAAACCCAGAAAAGUGAUUUGGACAGCUAUGCUUCCUUGUUUCUCUUUACUGACAUUGCUACUCUCCUUGAGAAGAUAUUGGGGAAAAAUGAAGAAUUACAGAUAGGGUUAUCUUUGAUCUAUCUGAGACCACCGUUUCGCACAGUAGGAAUUUAUUUUUUCUGCCAUAUCAUUGCUAAACUAAGAUCAGUUAUUAUGGUUGCCCAUUUUUGUCCGUCUGGUCGACUGAUUCUAAAAUAACUUUUGUCGUACUAUAUUCUCUCGUUUCAAAGCUUUUUCAAGAAAUUCUUGUGGUAAUUUUCUUGGGCGAGAGGGUUCUCAUGGUUGGGAGUUGUGUUUGCCCAUCUGUCCGGAGUUGGUGUUCCUUUGGUAUCCAUUUUCUUACAGGUUUCAGCCUAGCCAUGAAGCAAAAUACCAAAAAUUAAUGCCGUCAGUGGUUAAUUAGCCAUGAAGCAUAAGGGGUGAAAAUUAGAAUAAAUUUAGUAUCAUAGGAAUUUAUGGUGACCCAUAUCAAGAACCUUGGGCUCCAUAGUUUUUGCCUGGUGCUUUUCAUAACUGGUACUUUUUAUAAUUAACUCCUAUCAGACUUCGACCUGAGGCCAGAAUCCACCCAAUUCUAUUAUCUCAAACAUCUUGGCUACCUGUUUCAAACCCUUCAACGUAGUUAAUUUUAUUAUUUCCUUGCUAAAUGGCUAAAUGAAAAUGGUCUUGACCUUCAUAGACCAUUACACUGAUACCUGCGAGAAAGGACUGAGAUUUACUUAUUGUGCUCAGCUUAUCGUUGACCUUUACACUCUGCACUUUUCAGGAAAUAUGCAGGGGGACGCAGGAUCCAGAUCUCAAGAGAUCAAUUUUCAAAGAAGCUUCAGGACAUUUGCUUACGAUUGCCAAACAGCAUGAAGGCUAUCAGACACUUUGGGAUAUUUGUUUUGACCUUAACAGUACAGAGCUUCUCCGUAAUCUCAUGGUACAAAUAUCUCAAUGUUUUAAAAAAACAAUGUCUUUCUUCGAGAUCUUGCUCUGUUGUUUGUGAAAAUACACGCAUAAUUUGUUUCAUGUAAAAAUUGAGGUGCAGAGGCAAAGGAUUGGCCCCCAAGGAGGUUUCAGCUACUUUGUGUUUAAGCAGUUAUAUAGACAGCAGCGGUACUCAACUCUUCUGAGGCUUGGUGAAGAGUUCCAGGAAGAGCUCCUUAUUUUCUUACGGCAGCACAAAGAACUAUUGUGGCUCCAUGAGAUAUUCUUAAACAAAUUUUCCUCUGCUUCAGAAAAUCUUCAUGCCUUGGGUCUGUCUCAAGAUAAUGCCUCCUCCUUAAUGGCUGAAGAAUCCUUUGAUCCAGAUUAUUUGAAGCCAGAACUUUCUCUUUCAGAUCGAAGACGAUUUCUUAAUCUUUCCAAAAUAGCUGCUGCUAUAGGUGUGCGAUUCUUUCCAGUGCACUCUAUUUUUUCUUGGCUGUUAUAGAUUUAUCUUCCUUGAUACUCAUAUUAUGUUUUUUUCGAACUGGUCUUGAAUUGUAUUAUCCAAGACCAGCUUGCUUUCACUCAUAAUAACUACAUUAAUUUCUCCGUUUUUCAUUUUCUUUUAGUGUGACUCUCUUGUAAUCAAAUGAACUUUGGUUUUUCAAAUGCAUAAGUGAACAAGUGCAUAAAUUUCUACAUUUUAUGUAGAAUUGAUGAUGAUAGUCUAAAAAAGCUGACCAUACAUAUGCAUAGCAACAUAACAUGUCCUCAAAGUGACAGUGUAGAGUGGACAGUUCUCCCAGGUUUUGGAUCACCAUAAUCAAUCAAUAUCUUAUCAAUUAAAGCCGAUUCUUGUUCAAUAGAUUGAAUCCCAGAAUGAAUUCACCAAAUAUUCUCGUGUAAUCGUGAAUAAAUAUCCAUGGAUAAUUCAGCACUUCGCACCCCUUUUUGCUUAUCCUGCUCGUUUCUUUAUCUAUCAUUCAUCAAUUUCCGAUUCAUUCUACUAAAGUAUACAUAUAAAUCGCUUUUUCAGACAAAGAUGUGGACUUUGACGCAAAAAUACAACGCUUGGAGGCGGACUUGCAUCUGCUAAAGUUGCAGGUACAUCUGAAUUCUUAUUCCACUGCGCUCAUAUUCAUUAUGGAAAUUUCACUGACUCGUAAAUAUAUAAUUUUCCUCUGAUUAUACUCAUCAAAGCUAUGCCUUUGAGCCAUUUCCUCUGUAUUUUCUUUAAUAUAUAUAUAUAUAUAUAUAUAUCUAUUUUCUAUGGGCUGCAGGAAAAGAUCACGGGUCAGCUUCAAGAUGGCGAAGACAGGCAACAGUUCAGCAAUCUCCUCCACCCUGGGAAGCUGAUUGAGCUUUGCCUGAAGAGCCAGACCCAGAUUCUAUCUCUAGAGGCUUUUGAGGUCUUUGCAUGGACAAGUUCCUCCUUUCGGUCAUCCAACAGGAGCCUCCUGGUGGAUUGCUGGAUGAAUGCCGCCGACCAAGAUGACUGGUCGGACAUCUACCAGUCAUCGGUGGCCGAAGGAUGGACUGACGAGGCCAUCCUGCAGAUUCUCAAGGGAACUGUCCUCUUCCAAGCAUCCCAAAGGUGCUAUGGCCCCCAGGCAGAGGUCUACGAUGGAGGGUUUGACGAGGUGCUACCUCUCCUCAAAGAGGAUGUAGAGCCCACAUCUUUCAAGGACCCGGGCAUCUCAGUGGAGGCCAUUCUGAUGCAGCACAAGGGUUUUCUCGAUGCGGGCAAGCUGAUGGUGACUGCCAUUGUGAUGGGUAAGCUCGGAGCCGGUGCAGUCUCAGAGGGAGACCUAAUGGCAGAGCUUUGA